AUCUGUAAUAAUUCCCCAAGCGAUCUUGAGGUAUAGCAACUCAAUCUAGCAUUUCGAGUUAGACGAAUGACGAGCUCUGAUUGGCGGAAACGAAUUAUGGACUUCGGAACUUUUUCCUGUUUCUUAACAAAUACAAACCAUUCGCUAACUUCUACCAACAAAUCCAAUAUAAUUCUGGCAUUCGUCACUCCUUACCUUGUAACAUUUUGAAAUGUUAACUGAGCACAUCUAGGUUGCUGAUAAGGUUAUUGGCCGGCCCUGGCUUUGCUAACCGGAACAAGAUAUAGCAUAAACUGUCCAGGCGACGCGACCACGUCUUGCAACGCUGGAAUAGCUCAUAUUUUAAGAUAAUUAUGAUUAGAAAUUCUCACCCCUGAUGUAAGACUACAGCAGGCAACAGACACCAAGACGAAUGUGGCGGGAAUUUUUCAAUUUACUGUAAUGCAAAUUGAAUUAUUGAAAUGUUUGUUUUAUGAGAUGUAGUAAUUGAUUUUAGUAUUUUUGAAUUUAAAUAUGCUUAUUUCUAGUGUAAUUGAUUGUUAAGUCUCUUCAUCAUCUUCUCUUAAACUAUAGAUAUAUAUAUGUUUUCAAUCAUGAAACUGAAAAGCAAAUAUUUCAUUCACUUCAGAUUAUUAGUUUUAGUUCUUACAUACCGGAUGUCAAGCGAACUAUGUAAAUUCCAUGUAAAUUUUCACAUUCAUGUAAAAUUUGCGUCUGCGCAGUGCGAAUGCCGCUUUAAUUGCGUAAUUAGGAAUAUGUUAGCAUUCAAAGAAUUGUGUUCAUAACAUUUUCAUAUUGACAUCGCUUCUUUGUGCGACUUAUUUUGUCAAUUUCUUCGUCUUCUGGUCUGAGUUUAUCUACACUUUUUAUGAAAAUUUCGUUGUAAGUAUUUUGAAAUGUCCUUGAUUCGACGUUUAAGUCGUAGAUUUUCCAGUCGACCAGCUAGGAGAAGACAAGAAUAUUCAGAUGGUAAAUCUAGAGAUAAAGACAGCAUCGCUUGCAAAGUGAAUCUUUUAGAUGGUGGAGUGUUAUCUUUCAACGUUGAGAAAAGGUCCAUUGGUGAUGAACUAAUCCAGUUAGUAAACAAGAAUCUUGACCUCAUUGAGAAAGAAUACUUUGGAUUGCAAUAUACUGAUUCACAGCAAGUUUUACAUUGGCUUGAUCCUCAAAAAAUAAGAAAACAGUUAAGAGGACAUCAACCAUACCAAUUCUACUUUCGUGUGAAAUUCUAUGCACCUGAUCCUCAUACUUUGGAAGAAGAAUUGACUAGAUAUCACUUUUUCUUGCAAAUCAAACAAGAUAUUUUGGCAAACAGAUUAAAGGUUCCUCUGAAGAAAUUAGUUGAGAUUGCUGCAUACAGUUUGCAAUCUGAACUUGGUGACUUCGAUCCAGAAUUUCACGAGCCUGACUACAUAAAAGACUACAAGUUUAUUUCUGAACAGACUGAUCAACUGGAAAAAGAGAUCCAUAGAAAACAUCGACAAUUUGCAGGUCUUAAUCCCGCUGACUGUGAAGUCAAUUCUUUGAAAAUCCUAAAAACCAUCGACUCUUAUGGCAUGCACAAGUAUGAAGUAAAAGGUAAAAGUAACCAAGAGAAAUUUCAAAUUGGUCUUUCAUACAAAGGGAUUAUUGUUAUGGAGGAAGGAAACUCACAGGCUGUUACAAUUCAUUCAUGGCCAAGAAUCACAAGUCUGUCAUUUAGGAGAAAUAAAGUUCAUCUUGUGGUGGAAAGCCCGGAGCUUCCUUCUAAAAAUGAAUCGUUUACGUUUCAUCUGUCGUCUGCCAAGGCUAGUAAGCAAUUGUGGAAAGCAGCUAUAGAAAAUCACUCUUUCUUUCGCUUAUUAAAAACUGGUGAAAGGCCGAGUACAUCUGUUAGUACCUUUCUCAGAAGAGGAUCUAAGUUCAGAUUUAGUGGACGAACGCAGCACCAGGUAAAUGCUGAAACUAAGAAAAGUGCCAGAAAACAGAUGAAGAUAGAAAGGACUAAAAGUGAGAGAUAUUCCAAAAGAUCAACAGUUGGUUACAUAAGGGUUGGCUCGAAGGUUUGGGCCAAAGCAUUGAAUGGUGAUUAUUAUAAAGGAAUUGUGACCGGCCUUGGUGAGAAGGUUCACAUCAAGUUUGAUAACGAAGAAACGGUUGCUCAUGAGAGAGAUGCGAAAGAUUGUGUUGUUUUUGACAUGAACCCUAAUCCUGAAGACAUAGAGAUUAAUCUGAGAGUCAUUGCUCAUUGGUCUUCAAUUGUUGCUUAUCUCUCUGGAACUGUUAUCAAGAUCGAAGGACAAAAGUAUUAUGUGCAUUAUGAUGAUGGUGAUAAAGGAUGGAAUAACAUAAGACAAAUUCGAAUCUUGAAACCGCCAACUUAUUUCGGACCUGGUGCCAAACUACGUAAUAAAGUUAAGAAGGCGGAGUCUGUUAAAGAGACCAGUAUGAUGUCACGACCAAUCACAGUUGAGAAACCUCUAAAGGCCAAAGAUCGUCAACGCUUAGAAAACAAUGGUAAAAAUGUGAGUUCUCAAGCAAAUCCCAAUGGGGGAAACCACGACAACGAAUACAACGAGCGUAAGAUAUCAACUAAUGAAGCACCAAAUGGUCAUGGCGCUCGUCACCACUCUGCUUCUACUGCAGAUAGGCGCUACGCCUUAAACAAAUUGUUGAAUUCUUCUGAUGUUGGAACUGAUGUUGACACUGGCGAUGUUAUUGUCCAUGACGAUCAAAGUAACAAAAAUAAUCACGCAGCUGCUCCAAAAUCAAUGCGAAAUAUUAGUUCUCGGUCUGAAGAAAGAAAUCCAAGCUUACAGAAUGAUUCCUUAAGACAAGGCAAAACUCAAAUGACCGAGUUGUAACGACAAUAUUAAGUUGCAUUUCCUGCAUUUGGCUCUACUUCAAGUGUUUUUUUGAACAAUUUGAAGCAAUAAUUUUUAUGUUGCGAAACAUUUUAAUUGCUCCUUAGUGAGCUGUAGUACAAUGGAUGUAUUUUAACUUCAAUUUUGAGAUACGUUUUUUAGUAUACAAUAUUAUAACGUAUAAUGUAUUUAUAAUGCAAAUAGCUAUACGAAUUUGUAUCAUGUACAUUUAUAACAUUCAUGUUGCACUGUGGAAAUAAAAAUGUACCCAACA